UCUUCUCUCCUAUCGAGUCGCUGGUCAUGGCCGUGCAGGCGCAGCAUGUCUCCCGUGCCUUCCACCACCACCUCCACUCCUACAGGUCUGCGCGCCUUCGGAUUUCUGUAUCUCGGUAUCCGUUAAAGAGGGCGAUGUCUCAAUCCUAUGCGUCUUGCAGGGCUCUGGAGGACGGGGCGACGGGUGCCUCUCUGUUCCUGGACGAGCGCGGCGGGUGCGCGCCGGCGAUGGCCGGGAAUGGCAACGCGAUGCCGAGCAACGUCCCCAGAAGCGAUCUCACCUGCAACGACAACAACCACAACUACGCUUUCGUGCCGAGGAAGCGGGCGCGCGUGGUGGCGGCGGCGGCGCCUGGUUUGAUGGACGAGCAACCGCACGGCGUUAGAACGGCUGCGGCGGCGCAGGUGUUUGUGCCCAUUGGCGAUAUGGCGAGCAGGCCGAUGGGUUCCGGAGUCGCGUCAACCAGCGGGAUGAUUGGCAUUGGCCAUGCCGACGGAUUGUCCCAGGGCGUCCUGUACAACCAGGGAAUGGAGAUCGACGCGCUCGUGCGAGUCGAGACCGAGCGGAUGCGCGCGGGACUGGACGAGGCGUGGCGGCGGCACGUCCGGGCGCUGGUGGCUGCGGCCGAGCGUGCCGCGGCGGUGCGGCUGCGAGCCGCGGAGGCUACGCUGGAGGUCGCGCGCUGCCGCAACGCGGAGAUGGAGGAGAGGCUGCGCCAGAUCGACGCGGAGGGCCAGGCCUGGAUAGGCGUCGCGCAGAGCCACGAGGCCGUCGCCGCCGGGCUCCGCGCCACCCUCGACCAGCUCCUCCAAUCCCGUUGCGCCGCCGGGGAGGGCGACGCCGAGGACGUGCAGUCGUGCUGCUUCGAGACCCCCGCGUGCGGCAACGCCGGCGCCGACGACGCGGCGUCGAUAGCAUCGGCGGCGGCGUGCAGGUCCUGCGGUCAGGGUGGGGCGUGCGUGCUGGUGUUGCCGUGCCGUCACCUGAGCCUGUGCCGCGCGUGCGACGCCAGCGUGGACACGUGCCCAGUGUGCGCGGCCACCAAGAACGCCUCGCUACAUGUCCUGCUCUGCUGACGCCUCAAGCUGUGGAAGCCGUGGCCUAUCUUCCGUUUGCCCAAUGCCGCAGGUCACAGUUCGUUCAGUUUACAGGGUGUAACG